AUGGCGCCUUUUGAUGAGCCCCAUCACCUUCGGUGGCAGAGACAAGCAAAGAGGGCUUUUGGUGCGACUCUGCCGGAUUGGACCAUCGCCGAUGACAGCGACGACUAUGAUGUUCACAUUAUGAAGAAGCGACCAACAAGGCUGAGGGUCAGACGAAGCAAUGUUCCAACUUCAUCCAGAGAGCCUGAGGUCAUGAUCAACAUCCUAAGGGAGCCUUAUGCCAAACGAACCGAUACUGUCGAUCCUGCGACUGAGAAGCAGAAGCAGGACGCGAAAAAGGAAGAGAGUAGCGACAGUGAGAGUGAAGGUGACGACGCAGCCGACAGUGGAAGUGAGAGCGAGAGCGAAGAUGAAGAUGAAGAGCCCAAGAAGAGUCAAGAAGACCGAACCGGCGACGACGGCAACCUCAACAUCAAAUUGCCUGCAUCAUCAACAAACUCACCAUCAGUCGACGCUCCAUCAGCUGAGGGAAGUAUGUCGGACUCUCCUUUGGUCGAAGGUGGUGAUGGCAUCCACUCCAAUGUUCACAAGAUCCUGCUGGGUGUUGGAUCCGUCGGCGGUUUUCUAUUCCUAAUUGGAAUUGGGUUCCUCAUUUGGAAGUUCUACUCAAGGAAGCAGACCCCAAAGAAGCCUGCUCCCAUUGAUGACAUGAACUUCGACAAGCCCAGCCGCUUUGAGAACCUCGUUUCCAAGGUGCCUUUCCUCGGACCACGCUACGGCCACAAGGGCUGGUACACAAUUGAAGAUCCAUCCUACUCCCCUCCGUCCUACUCUCCGCCUCUCGCUGAAAAGACACGGCCUCAGUCACCACUCUUCAUGUCUAAGCAAUCCGACAACUUCCUCACAGUGCCUAGCCUACCAUUCGGCGUUUAUCGUACGACUGGCGACAGAAGGACAGGGGUUACAAACUAUGACAUUGACGCUGUCAGCCCUACAAGCACAACCUUCGUCGAGAGCGCUGUUGAGGUCCAGGUCGUGGCUCGUCACGAUCCCAAGGACUCUUUGAGCACACCUUACAAACCUCAGCAACACAAGCGAAUCCCCUCUACCACACCAUAUGCCUACGAUGUCGGACGACGUCAGACCGGUGUUAGCGAACUCUCCUCCAUCUCCUCUGGCUUCGGUGACGGCGAUAUCGUCGUGACGCCUACCACUCAGACUGUCCAAAGUGUCCCAUCGCGACCAGAGCCUUCACGACAACCCACAUGGAAGUCUACCAACUCUGUUGGUCGCCGUGACACUGUAUCUACAGUAGCUUCAGUCGAUACACGGCCACGCUUCCGCUCAGUGAACUCAUGGGUGAAGCAGCAGAAUGGGCAAUUGCGACGAGCUCAACGACAACAAGAGAACAGCCUUGAUAGUGACGCUCCCCCAGUUCCUCCUCUGGCCCCCCCUCCUGAGCAGGACUUCAGAUAUAUGUUGCAAGACGAUGAGAGACCACGUCCAGUGGAGAUGGUCUAG